AUGCGUGGUUUCCACGCUGUAGCGCGGAAAAUAAGGUCUGUGUUUGUUUUGUCUGCAACAGCGCUGGUUCUGUUUUACUACAUGUUCCAAAACGAGAUCAACAAACUCAACUCGUACGCAGAGACCGAGUCGCUCCCCCACAUCACGGGCAAUGCGAACGACGCCCUGGUAGCGCAUUCCAGUUUCGAACUGGCGGACAAGAACCGGUUCUUCCCACUGCUGCAGGACGUUCCAGAACAGGAGCAGUCGCAGGACGGAGCACGCAACGGCGAAACAGGCGGAGCGACUGCCACGGCUGCAGCGGCCGCUGCGGCGGCCGCCGCAGACGCCAGUGCCAACGGGGCCUCGAACGACAAAGAACUGUACCCCGUGCGAUACGAGAACGGACUCAAGCCGGGGUACUGGCGAGCGACCCGUGGUGCCGGUAGUGAUAGGGUCCAGUCGGACGUGUUUGGAACGGUCGCGACGGCAACUGGCCAGCACCGGGACCGCGUGCGUGACACCUUCGCGAAGAGCUGGAACUGGUUCUACAGGAACCGCGAAAAAUACUCGGGACCGGAAGCCGCGGCUGUGGCCGCGGCUUCGAUGGAACCGCUUUACAUGCUGGGUUUGCCAGCUGUGCUGAUCAAGCAGGCACUUGGGGUCGUCGAAGCAUCACACCAAAGCGUUUUCCGCGUCCAGACCGUUGAUGUUGCUGGGACGGCCAACUGCAUGCUCAGCGGACUUCUCUCUGCGUACGAACUGUCCCAGGGCUCAGACGAGCGCAUGCAAGCGCGUCUGCUGGAACUAGCCACGUCUACGGCGGACUUCCUGCUGCGCGCUUUCGAUACACCGAACCGUAUGCCGAUCCUGCCCUUCCCGGCACAUUCGGCUCUUACCAACCGGUUCCCGUUCAGGCACACCGAGGUGGGCCAACUGGGAGCGCUGUCGCUGGCAUUCACCAAGCUUUCGCAGAUUACCAAGAACGACAAGUAUUUUGAUGCCAUUUACCGUAUCUACCGGGUCGCAGAGCUGUCCAAACACGAAUUCGACAUUGACUAUUUGCUCCCGACCGCGGUCGAUGCAAGCGGAUGCAGCAUGCUGGCUCCCGAAAAGGUCGAGUCCGGGGACCAUCUCCGAGGCUCCAAAGUGAUGAAAUCCAUCCACAACGGGAAGUACGUGCACUGUCUUCAGACGGGCAAAUUUCGCAGCAUAGACGCACAACCACAGUUGUUUGCACUUGACGCGAGGGCGCUUCCCUUCUAUCACAAUCUCGUGAAUUUCCACUUUUUGCUCAAUCAGCACGACAUUUUCGAACACAACGAGCUGACUGCUUACUUGGUCAACGCUCUUGACCGCAUCUCGACGUUACUUGUCUACAAGCCGCUUUUACCCAAUGCCGAGGAUCAAGAGUUUGCGUUCGUCUCUUCUGCUACCACCACCUCGCAUUUCGACACCCUGUCUAACCAGGAUAUAGUGGACGUGGCCCAGAACCACGACAUGCAUCAAACCAGCUGCGCCACGGCCUCUAUGCUCGCACUUGCGGGGAAAUUAUUUCGCAAUGAUACCUUGUCCUCGCAAGCGGCUGCAAUAGCCUCGGCCUGUGCUCACCUAAGCGGAUUAUUGGGAGUUAUGCCUGAAGCCCUCGUCGUGGACAAAUGCUCGAAUGAACCCUGUGACUACAAUCGGCGUCAUUACAAGACAGAUACCGACAAGCCGCUUUUAGACCAGAACCUACCGAGCGUCAAACUUACAGGUGAAACUUCUAGUGACACUAAGAAACCCGCCAAGGCGUACACACUCCGUGACGGAGCUGUGCAUGCCGCACUGGAGGACAAGAGCUACGAAUGGAUCGAGGUUCAAGAGAAUAUGCAGGCUCCUUACCUGCAUGCUGUCGACCCGCACUAUCACUUAUCCUCGGAAGCAAUCGAGGCGGUGUUUUUCCAGUAUCGCAUUACAGGAGAUCAAAUCUGGCAGAAAAGAGGAAUGAAAAUGUUUGACGCUAUGAUGUCUAAAAUUACAAGCACCCAGGCAAAGGGAGUCUCUGAGAUUUCUCCUCUGGACAAUCUGUUUUCAAUUGUUUUUUCACAGAGCCCACCACCUCCUCACUGGUUUACAAAGACUCUUAAAUUUUACUACCUCCUGUUCAGUGACACGCCGGCUUCAUACUCGCUUGACGACUUUGUUUUCGCCAGCAGUGGCCAGACGUUCCGCCGUAAGACCAUCUAUGAUGAGGGUCUUCAGGAAGAGCCAGCCGUCACCUACGCAGCGUUACUUUCUCCAUUGCACUUCUUAAAAAAGGUAUAA